UUUAAGGACUGAAGGUUCAUAACUGUACUUGACAAAGUUGCUGCUAUUAUCUAAGGUCUAGUUUAACCUGUUUUAAGUGUACUUAAAAGUGAUCUGAAGUUAAUGGAGUCGAAGUCCAAUCAUUCAUCUCCCGUCCUCACUGAUCCUAUUCCAAUAAACAAGUCAAGAUUAGGUAUCCACUCCAAUCUGUUGUCCUAUCCUCAAUCGGGUGGAUCUUUGACCUCUGGAAAGUAUAUGACAAUUCCCAGAAAGAAACCUGGAAAGCUAGAUGAUGUUCGUUCCAAUGGUUGGCUGGAUGCAAUGAAAUCUUCAUCACCCCCUCGUAAGAAGUUAAUCAAGGACUUCAAUAUUGAGGUUGCUGCAGAUGACACCGAUAUUUAUUACUCCUGGAUGAUUAAAUAUCCAUCUGCACUUAAAUCUUUCAAGCAAAUUUCCAAAAAUGCCAAGAACAAGAAGAUAGCUGUUUUUCUAGAUUAUGAUGGUACUCUUUCUCCUAUAGUAGAUGAUCCAGAUCGUGCCUUUAUGUCUGAUGCUAUGCGUUCUGCUGUCAGAAAUGUUGCAAAGUAUUUCCCAACAGCAAUUAUUAGUGGCAGAAGUCGUGAUAAGGUUUAUGAAUUGGUAGGACUAACUGAACUUUAUUAUGCUGGUUGUCAUGGGAUGGACAUUAUGGGCCCUGUGAGUCCUACAGAGUCUGAUGACCAUCCAAAUUGUAUUAGAUCAACUGACCAACAGGGCAAGGAGGUAAACAUUUUCCAGCCCGCUAGAGAAUUCAUAACUAUGAUCGAUGAGGUUUUUAAAACCCUUGUCGAGAAUACUAAAGAUAUUAAAGGUGCAAAAGUUGAGAAUCACAAGUUUUGUGCCACUGUACAUUACCGUAAUGUAGAAGAGAAGAACUGGCCAACUAUCGCACAAUGUGUUCAUGAUAUUUUGAAAGACUAUCCUCGUUUGCGAUUAACUCAUGGGCGGAAGGUUUUAGACAUCCGUCCUGUGAUUGACUGGAAUAAAGGGGAGGCAGUUGAAUUUCUGCUUGAAUCCCUUGGACUAAGUGAUAGAGAUGAUGUGCUCCCAAUCUAUAUUGGAGAUGACAAGACUGAUGAGGAUGCAUUCAAGGUUUUAAGGGAAGGAAAUAGGGGUUAUGGGAUCUUAGUGUCUUCAGUCCCCAAAGAUAGCAAGGCAUUAUACUCUCUCAGGGACCCAUCAGAGGUGAAGAAAUUUCUCAAGGCAUUGGUGAGAUGGAAGAAGUUUGAAGCUUGAAGAAAGCAGCAGGAGCAAAAUAAAUUUUCAUUGAAGAGGAGCAUAUAGUUAUAUGAAAAUAAAUUGCUUAUUAAGAUAUCCCCAAUGAAUCCAGUCAUUCCAUUGCAGUGGCCAUGUUAUUUCCAAUAUUCUUUUGUCAGAAUUUUGCAAAUGUUAACUGAUAACAUUUAUUUAUAUAAAAUAUAUUUCCUUG